CGGCCCGGGGUUCUCCCCUGGGUUGUCCCCGGGAAUGCGUGCUCCAGGGACAGGACUCGCCGGGAAGUGCUGCUCAGGAAUAGUGUGGCACAGCCACAGCUUGGUUGCCUUAGUUGCAGUGUUGAUGGCGGGGGAAGCUUUUGUUGUCCAUAGUCCUCAAAUGGCAGCUGAGCAUAGUGCCAAAAUCUUGUGGAGACUUUUCCGUGGAACAGCGAGGUCUCGGCUUUGACAGAUCCCCCCAGCGCUGUAGUUACUGGAUAAGAAACCUGGGUAAGGGAGAGUUGAAUGCUGCUCCUAAAGGGAGAGGCCUGACCUAAUGAGUUGACUAUGAGAAGGCACAAUGUGUAGUGCACCUUACGGGUUUAGACUUCAGACACCUUGAGUUUUGACCAAAACAGGUCUAUUUCCACCAGUUACGUGCUUCACCUUGCCUUUCAGAGAAGUGAUGCUUAUAUAGACUCAGUUUAUGCCCAUAUAGGUUGUUGCUGUCACAGAUUUAUUCUCUAAAGAAGUUCUAGUUGUGUCUUGCUCAGAUGCCAAAUUUUCUUUUAUGAUUUCAUUGUUCAAGGAGCUUUUCUGAUUAGGAAAUAGCCAGUUGGCUGUGCAGUUCUGCAGGUGUCAACACGAGCGAAAGGAGUAGGACUGAGAUGGCAGGAGGGUGGGAGCAGAGCAAUUGUGAUUAUUGUGAUGUAGUCUUUAUUAAGUAGACGUGCACAGUGAUGUGUUUGUUGGUGCUUCUCCUUUGUCCUCAAUUCUUCAGUUUCCUGAUUGGCUUUGUAACUCAGUAAUCCUAGCAAAUACUAUGCCCAUGCUAGUCUCUGGCAAUAGAAAAGAUAUGACAUUAAUAAUAUUGUUCAAUCAAAAGGUGCGGUAUGAGCUCCAAUCUUAAUAAACACUGAAGAUUUUUAUGUGAGAGUGUUUUUACCUUGACUUUCAGUGGCUUUAUCAUCUCAGUGAUCUAAAUAUGACAGGCAAACUUACAGGAAAUCUGGCUUUAUUAUUUUGCUUCUCUCCAUAGUAAUUGGUUUGUGUGAGCUGAAUAUUAGUUGCUGCUGUCUUCUUAGUUUGUUGCAAAUUCUGACAGCAGCACUCUAAAUUAAUUGUUUCAGUGUUCAGAGGCUGUUGUUAAGCAUUUUAUCUCUGGUAGAGUAUUCUGGUGUCUCUGAUCCCUGACAACAUAUCUAGAGGAAGGACAAAAUAAUCAGAAUUAUGCUAAAUUCAGAUAUGAUUCAAGAUGAGUGCUACCAUUUUUUCUGAGUGUAGUAUUUAAAAAUCUUUGUAAAAUCUGGUUUGACUUACACAGAGCUUCCAUGGCUGGCUGUUUCACCUGGGUGUGGUGAGAUAAUGUUUGCAGAAAUACAGAGGUGUGUAUAACUGAACUCUUAGAAAAUUAAGAAAACCCACUAGAUUUCUAUGAAUAGUUUUUAGUGAUUUUGCAAGCUCUCCUGGAACUGUAUUAGAGGUUGAGAUAGGAUUUAGUACUAAUUGGUGCUUUCAGCCAUCUCUUUCAUCAACCUCCCUUUACCAUUCAGUGCUUGAUGAUCACUUACAUUUGUGUUUCUGCAACUAGUGAGAGCAUUCCUCAGAUUAUUUGUGUGUGAAGACUGAGGAGGAGGAUGAAGCUCUGAUUGUGGACCCUGGAGACAGCGGGCUGUCCGCACAAAGCUGCGUGCCAGUGCAGCAGAACUCUGAAGCAAACAGUGCUGUUCACCACAUGAGUCAACUUGCCUAUGGAAGUGAAGGCUUGCCAGUGCUUGCUGAUCAGACAGCCUCACAAAUGGGCCACUCUGCAAUGAUGCAGAGAGGAAAUGGUCACAGCCCUGAGAAAAUGGAUUUUGUGUUUUUGCGUAAUAAAAGAAAGCGACUUUCUCCUGCUGUAGUGGAGCACAAUGUGAUGAGUACCAGGGAAGAAGAAUAUGAAGAUAGUGACAGUGUCAUUUAUGAGUAUGAACCAGACUAUGAAUGUGAAAGCAUUUUAUCUGAAGCUUCUUAUACUGGAUAUCAACAGAAUCCACUUAUGGAGGUCCUCAGUUAUUGCCAGGCCAUGUAUGAUGCCAUUCAGAAGCUGGAUAAAAAAUUUGACCUGCUUCAUCGUAAGGUCUCGGAAAUGCAGCAUACUCGUAUAAAGCCAUUCUUGCUCAAACCUAAACCAGUUGGAUUUACAUACAGAAGUUCCAGUCAUUUGCCUUCAGGAAACAUAAGAGUACCAAAGCACAUGGAAAGAGAUUUAAGUCUUCAUCGUUCUUCAUCAGGCCAGGGAAGGCAUAGCCCAGCUGUAAGGGUUGCUUUACCAAAUGGCCACGUUCAAGUCAAUUCCAAAGUAAAACAUGCCCCACAGAGUUUUCAGCUGGAAUCUCAGCAGCCUGUUGGAAGGCAGAGCCCACCACUCCCCACUAUAGUUUCUACACAUUCAUUACAUUCAUCAUACACAGCAACUAAUGGGAUGCCUGACCUUUCACCACAAUCAAAUCUUGCUCCCAGUAUUGUGGAAAGUACUGUCAACAUUGCAUCUUCACCCGUGGCAUCACCAUCGAUGCCAGCACCGUCUGAGCCCAGUCAGGAGAAUAAUGCUGUGGAGUUGAACUGCAAAAAUGCAUCUGAGGAUGUGAAUAUUAGUGAAGAACUACCAUCUUCUUCAGUCUUCAUCAAUCCUAGCUUUGAGUUUGUUGGUGACCCAGCAAGAAAUGUGAAAGUUCCUGGAAACCAUUUGGUGAAGGCUCGGCAAAAGACCAAACCCAAGUACGCAGCGCGGCACUUGGUGCGCGUCUUGUUCCCCAAGAAGACUCUACUGUGCAGCGUUAUGGGAGCGAGUGCGCGGGGGCGCAGGACACUGGAUCCAAACAAAGUUGCUGCAAUACGAGAAUUUCUUGCAACUAACUUUCCAACCUAUGAUUUGAGUGAGCGUGGAAAAGACUGGAAAACCUGUAUCACAAAUGUCAAUUCUAUGAUCCGCUCCUUACGCUCCGAAGCCAAAGCAAAGCAGAAAACUGAGGGGAAAGAAGAAGUGUCUGAUGCUCCUGAUACAUCUCAUUGUGUAGAUUUAAAUGAUAAUGAAGAUAGUGGAGACAAUUCGCAAAAUUCUCAGAAAAUGACUGGCUCCGCAAUUGACAUGUUGCAGAAUUCAGAAUUGGAUAAGUUUCCAGAAGCUUUUCAGACAUCUUUGGUCAGAAAACAACAGUCUUUGGAACCUAUGGAACCCCUUGGGAGCCCAUGGCGCAAUGUCCAUUUGCCUUUCUCGGUCAUUUACGUCGCCAAGGGGAAGACGCGGCCGGAGCUGUCAGCUCGCUUCCUGAUUCGUCACAUGUUCCCUGAGGAGGUGCUGGUGAAAAGCAACGUGUAUGGCAGCCUUGAUCGUGGCAUGAGCCCACUGGAUUCCAAUAAAAUUAAUGCUCUCAGAGACUUCCUUCAAGAGAAUUUUCCAUCCUUUGAUCUCAAUGAAAGUGGGUUUGAUUGGAAGGCGUGUGUGGCUGCCAUAAACAGCACAAUCCGCAGCCUCAGACACGAGCUCAAAAAGGCCACGACUGGAACGCGCCACAGAGCCCCGAGUGCAGAGUCCCCCCGAGGAUCCCACAGCCGCAAAGCCGGCGGAAAGCAUCUCUCAGAUUGAAGCUCUCCAGCAGCUGCCUCAAAGCUUAAUUUAGCAGGUUUUUGUUAAUUCUCUGUAGAAGCCUGUAAUAUUGAGCUGUCCUGUUCAACUGAGUUGUCAGCAGCACUAAAGAGCAUCACUUCAUGAGACCAAAAUUAGCAGAAGGCUUGGGAGCCCUGACUCUUUGCAUAGGUAGUGUUUGGGCUCCUCAGAAAUUAUUUUCAGUGUUCCCUGUAGUAUUUGCAAUGUGGUCUCUCCUAAAAGCAUCUUCUUCUCAUGAUUCAUUGAAUCUGAAAGAUUAAUCUGGUUAGAAAAGAUGCACUGUGCAUCAAUUCAGCAGAAGCAGAUGGAAAAGAGGAGAGGAAAGAGUGGUCCUCCUUGGAGGGUGAAUCACAGCCAGCUAAAUUAUCUCAUUAUGUAUGAGGAAUGAAAUUUGCUUUGACAAUUGGAUAUCUUCAGUGAAAAUAUCAGAAAGGAGAAAAUAUUUUUAAUUGCAUUCAGGUAACUUGUCGUAUGUGGACUUGAUGAUCUUCAUUUCCAACCUUAAUGAUUGUAUGAUCUCUCACAUUUUUGCCUCCUAUAUCAGUGUCUUUUGCAGGGUAAGAGGCAAACAGCUAUGUAAGUACAUCUGGUAAUGUAUGGGGGAAUGAUGCCUUAAAUUUUAGCUUUCAUAUUUUCCAGAUUCUAUACUGCAUGAGUACAUAACUCUGAACUUCAUAUAAAGUGUUAGCAGGUUCUCUUCACAGUUUAGUUAGACAAAACAAUCCUUUUCCAGUCUGAGAACCAAGGACACCAUCACAGCUUCAGGCCCAAAAAGUAUAAACAGCAGUGAAUUGAGGAGAACAGUCUGAGAGGAUGGGACUUCAUAACCUGAAGCUGUAAUUGGACAAUUAACCCCAGUAUGUAAAUUGACCAAAACUUACAAAAGUGUGAAAACUCCUGACCCAUCAUCCAUCUUGGGUGUAGCCUUGGCCAGGCUCUUGUACUGCCCAAGGUGUAUCCUUUGAAGGCUGUCAUGGUUGGACCCUGUCACAAAGCCAGUGCCCCCAUGAGGAUACUCUCUCCCUGGUGUCUGCUGUGAGAUGUGACCAGGAACAAGCAAAGCAGGCUCCAGCUUAGAAAUAAAGAAAACUUUAUUAACUAAACUACAAGAAAAGAGGGGAAAAAAACCACAAGGAAAAUGAAAACCUUACAAAAGCAUUUUCCUCCUCCCACCCACCAAAUUUCCCAAUGCAAUACAUUCCCCCAAAUCACCAACUCUCAGUCCGGCACCACCCUUUGGAAUACUCAAUCUUCAGUUCAUGAAGAGGAGAGGAGUCCUUCUUGCACCACAGGCUUCCCCUGAAACCUCGUGUGCUUCCAUGUCACUCAGCACCGCCCGGAAAGUCCUUUUGCCAUCGUGACAUCUUCCUUCCAUGCCCAGUGCUCUCACCACUGUGCAUGGACCUGAGCUGCUUCUAGGGUUGUCUUUGAAGGAUGUCUCACUCCAAAAGAGGCACAGUCUCUCCUUUGGGACAUCUGUCCCCCCCCAAAUUUUUUGCACCCCCUGGGGCCGAGGGGUACCCACACUGAACCCUCCUGGUUCUGAGGCACUGCCUCCCCCUAAAUGCAGUCUCUGUGUCAGGGAAAAAAAAAAGGUUCUGUCCAUGGCCACACAAGAAAAGUCCAGCCAAAAGGCCACUCCAUCAUCUCUCCCCCCACUCAGCCAGUCUUCUCCACUUACCUCGUGGCCCAUUCCCUCUUAUCUCUUAUCUCUCUUCUCAUUCAGCUCCAGGAAAAUCAGCAUUUGCAAGGUUUCUGUCAUGGAGGAAAAGGGUUUAAAAGGUUAAAAAUUUCAGUCUCUGCCUGUCCCAGAGCUCUGGCACUCCCAUGCUGCCCUGCCGGGCACCUUCUCACCACACUCCCCCCUUCUCCUCCUGGGCUGGCUGCUAUCAAAUUCAGACACCGGCUCUCCCUCUCUCUCCCCUGGCGGGGCGGGGGUGGCUGCCCGAUGUCUCUUGGUGCUCCUCCACCCUUCCAUCCUCAAGGGCCUCCUCACCCCCAUGUCUGUCCAGGCCCAGGCCUACCGCAGGGCUGCCCCUCCCCUGCCCAGCAGCAGCAGCUGGACGGGGGAGGGGGAUCCGACCUCUUUGCCUCGAAGUCCCAAGAGAGACUGCCCGGGGAACAGCUCUGCUUUUCACCCCUGUGUGUUCUCAGAGGUGUGUCCAAACCCCACUGGCCACAUCAGGUGCCAACAUCAAAAUCUGAGCAUGCAUUGGUUUGACCACAGCAUCCCAGAAUUCCCACUUCUUCCUGGUCAAACCAGCAUACAUGAGUACAUAACUCUGAACUUUUUAUAGUGUUAGCAGUUUCUCUUCACAGUUUAGUUAGACAAAACAAUCCUUUUCCAGUCUGAGAACCAAGGACACCAUCACAGCUUCAGGCCCAAAAAGUACAAACAGCAGUGAAUUGAGAACAGUCUGAGAGGAUGGGACUUCAUAACCUGAAGCUGUAAUUGGACAAUUAACCCCAGUAUGUAAAUUGACCAAAACUUAUAAAAGUGUGAAAACUCCUGACCCAUCAUCCAUCUUGGGUGUAGCCUUGGCCAGGCUCUUGUACUGCCCAAGGUGUGUCCUUUGAAGGCCUUUUAAUAAAUACCUACUUUAUUCCUUUAACACUGUCUAGCCUCUGUUCUAGGUAGCCUCUCAAGACAUCAGUUAUACUGCUCUGCACUGAUUUAGCUCUACUAAAAGGACAAAAAAAAAAAAAAACCACAGUCCAAUGGUUGGUUCUGGUUUUUCUCAAUGAAAUUUAAGGAAAAUACUGCUUCAGGGUCCUGAACUUCACCAUCUCAUGGUUACUGUGGCUAAGGCUUCAGAAUUUUAGUAAAUCCCUUGUUGUAGGUGUAUGAGGCCCAGAAAAGCACCUGUGAAUAAUAAAUGUUCAUGCCCUUGCCUUUCCUUUGUGUCUACGCAAGACUAAGAUUUAUUAGUGCAUUAAGUUAUAUAUUUUUUUAAAAUAGCAAACUAACUAAUUUUAGCAAACUAAUUUUCAAAAUGACUUGGAUGUUGAGCUUUUAAAAAUAAAGAAUUAAUUACCAUAUAUAUUCAAUUUCACAUCUCACUCAGUUUAAUUUGUAAGUUAGAAUUUAACAACAGUAACUGUACAGAAGUUAAUGGGUUUUUUGUUGGGUAGUUUCUUUGUUAUUUGGAGGUUUUUUGUUUGUUUUCAACAAAGGAAGCAAUCAUAGAAUCAUAAAAUAUGCUGAGUUAUAAGUGACAUAUCAGGAUCAUCUAGUCCAACUCCUGACAGUGCAUAGGAUCAUCCCCAAAAAUGACACCAUGUGCCUGAGAGUAUUGUUCUUGAACUCUGUCAGGCUUGGUGAUGUGACCACUUCCCUGGGAACCUUUGCUAGUCCCACCUACUUACUGAGUGCAGAACCUUUUCCUGAUAGCCAACCCAAACCUCCCCUGCUACACCUUCAGGCAGUUCCCUCGAGUCCUGUCACUGCUCAUAAGAGGGAAGAGAUCAGUACCUACCCCUCCUCUUCCCCUUGGGAGGAUGCUGAAGACCACAAUGAGGUCUCCCCUCAGUCUCCUCCAGUCUGGCAAAAACCAAGUGACCUCAGCUGCUCCUCAUACAGCUUCUCCUCCAGACCCUUCAUCAUCCUCAUGGCCCUCCCCUCGACACUCUAAAAUAGCUGCAUGUGUUCCUUAUAUUGUGGUGCCUAAAACUGCCCCCAGCACUUGAGCUGAGGCUGCCCCAGUGCAGAGCAGGACAGUCCCCUCCCUCUCCCAGCUGGCAGUCUGUGCCUGAUGCCCCCCAAAACCUGGCUGACCCUCCUGGCUGACAGAGCAUUCCUGACUGACACUCAAGUUGCCAUCAACCAGGACCCUUUCCAAAGCUGCUCUCCAGCUCCUCCUUCCCCAGCUGAUGCAUGCAGCCAGGGUUGCCUGUUCCAGGUGCAGAGCCCAGCCCUGGCCCUUGCUGCACUCCUUGCAGUUGGUGUAACCCUUUCUGUUCAUGUUUUCCAGCAUGUCACACAGUCCUUGCAGUGUCUGCACUGGCUGACUCUGUGGGCCUGCCUUGCUGCUUGUGUGGGUCUGAGUGCUGGCUCAGAGGUCCAAUUUCUUCACAGAAGGAAACUUCUUGGAAGACUGGCAUAGGGAGUGGAUUUUACCUCUGAGAGUUGUGGAAACUGUGGCUUCCAAAAUAACACCUGUACAUAGCAGAAUUAGAUUUAAUGAAAUCUCUCCAAGACAAAGGUUUCAUAGUUCAUUUGUUAGUAAUAGGAUAAAAAAGUGAAUUUGCUCAUUCUCUCUUCAGCUUCUGUUCAUAACAGACAGUCUUUAUUGUACAGGGUAAAGGACCAGAUUUUUAAGUGCAACUUAGGAUAUGCAAUGGCCUUAUAAAUAUGAAAUCAGUUGGUAAUUUAAGUUCCUUCUGCCAUCUCCUUGCAGAAGUCCUCCGUAGGAUUCAAGAAACAGACUGAAUUUCUGAUUUUCUUUUCUUGGUAGAAAUGUUGUACUGCAAAUUUGGUUGUUCUGGUGUACUAUUAACAAACUCUUCUGUUACCUGCUAUACAGUCCUUGUAAAUGCCGAGAACUUUGUUGUGUAUAGAUAUUACUAGUUCCAAACCUCAGAAGAAGACAAAAAUGCUUAUAUUUUUUCAGUAGUUUUAUGAAUUGUUUUCACUGCCCUUCACAGAUUUUAUGGUGGAAGGAUAUAUUUAUUGAAUUAUGUGUUAAGUGUGGUGCAUACCUAUAGCUUCCAACUUGAAAUGAAAAUUGAAUUGAAGUAGAAAUAGUUUUCUUCUUUCUGUUUCAAAUGUAUCGUAUUUUGCUAACUUUUAUAAAGUAUAAUUAAAGUAUUUUGCUGUUAGGAAUUAAGUAUUUUACAAAUAAAACUGCCAUAUAGCUUUUUGACUAUG